AUGAGGACGAUUCUUGUUGUUCUUUUGUAUGCACUGUUUCUGGGGAUGCAGUGCGCUGUUGUAAAGGAAGUUAACGAUGUCAACAAUAUAGUUCGUCUGAAACGAGCGGUUGUCAUCGCACCACCACGGCCGCCGGUUGUCGUCGUACCAUCGCGACCGUCGGUCGUCGUCGCACCACCACGACCGCCAGUAGUCGCACCACCACGGCCACCAACAGUGGUUGUCGCACCACCACGAAGACCAACGGUGGUUGUCGUACCACCACGGCCGGGUUGA